UUGGCCGAUGGCAUCGACACCGUAAGCACUGUCACCAUAAAUGAUGAAUUGAUCGGUCGGACAGACAAUCAGUUCAUAAGAUAUAAGUUUGAUGUGAAGAAAGUGCUCAAAUUGGGUCCAAACGUCAUACGAGUGGCCAUACAGUCAGCGCCGUUAUAUUCAAUGGAAAGAGCAAAACAAUACGAGACUCAAUACAAGUAUAAAGUGUUUGUCUGCAAUAAAGGCGCUGACAAUGAAUGCUAUUUUGAUUUUAUCCGAAAAAUGGCCGCUUCUUACAGUUGGGAUUGGGGGCCAGCAUUUCCCACACAAGGCAUAUGGAAACCCAUUGGCAUCGAGGCGUACGAUAAGGCAGUCCUCCGGGACGUAAUGGUAGACACAAAACCCAACCCUAAAAAUAGCUCUCAAUGGGUGCUGACAGUCAGUACAUACGUGGAGUCGGCAUCACUGAAACAAAUCGACACAAUACUCGACAUCUCAUUGGACGACAAAAUCUUAGUUUCAAAACAGAAACACAGUUUGAAAACCGAUUCACUCGGAUCCGUGAAACUAGAUAUGGUGAUCCCUAUCCCACAGCACAUUCCUAUCUCUGCCUGGUAUCCAAACGGUGUGGCCAACCGUACCCAACAGUUAUACAAACUGCGGGUCGACCUGUCGUUCCCCGACAGCACCGAACAGUCCACUCAAACCAAACGAAUCGGUUUCCGAACCAUACGA